UGAUCAGUACAUGCACACUGGUAGUGGCAUGGUGAUUGACCAUUAAGGAACGUUGUUGGUUUCUGUAUAGUUAGGUCUAAGGAGGUGUUUUGCGCAAGUGUACCUGCCUUUUGUUGAGGAGAUUUGUACUAAUUGGACUGUUACAAUAUUAAACUGUUAAGAUAUUGUUCAUUCUGUUUAAUUAUUAACCUUAAGUGACAAAUAACUCGUUUGGAUUAUUUAAAAAUGACGGAGAGAGAAGAUAACGUGUAUGAAGCCAAAUUAGCCGAACAAGCGGAGCGUUAUGACGAAAUGGUAGAAGCUAUGAAGAAAGUGGCAUCCCUUGACAAUGAACUUACUGUAGAGGAGAGGAACCUACUCUCUGUUGCCUACAAGAAUGUUAUUGGAGCAAGGCGAGCUUCUUGGAGGAUAAUUAGUAGUAUUGAGCAGAAGGAAGAGAACAAAGGCAAUGAAGGAAAACUUGAAAUGAUUCGUCAGUAUCGUAUAAAGGUAGAGAAUGAACUCCGUGACAUUUGUCAGGAUAUUUUAGAUGUUCUUGAUAAACACCUUGUUCCUGUAGCUAAUACAGGAGAAUCCAAAGUCUUUUACUACAAAAUGAAAGGGGAUUAUCACCGUUAUCUUGCUGAAUUUGCUGCAGGAAAUGAUAAGAAAGAAGCUGCUGAGAACAGUCUACUAGCUUACAAAUCUGCCAGUGAUAUUGCCAAUAGUGAGUUGCCAUCAACUCAUCCAAUUCGGUUGGGUCUUGCCCUUAACUUCUCUGUAUUUUACUAUGAGAUCCUUAAUUCGCCUGAUAGGGCAUGUCGACUGGCUAAAGCUGCAUUUGAUGAUGCUAUAGCAGAGCUGGACACACUUAGUGAAGAGAGUUACAAAGAUUCAACUUUAAUUAUGCAGUUGCUGCGGGAUAACCUUACCUUGUGGACAUCAGACAUGCAGCAUGAUGGAGAAGGAGAAAAUGAACAACAGUCAAAAAAAGAGGAGGUCCAGGAUGUUGAAGAACAAGAUGUUUCAUAAGUCAUAUUUCAGUGUAUGUCUAGAUCUGUUGAAAAUUACUCAUUAACCUAAAUAUAAAAUGCAGAUUUGUAAUCAUUUUAAUUAUUUUAAUUUUCAUGUUCAAGUAAGGCCUGAUCUUGUGGAUAACCAAUAGGAGAGUAUCCUUUAAUUGCUCUUUGUAGCUCCAUUUUGGCAUGUUCUUUCCUACAUGUUAUACUCAUGUGUUAACCUUCAGCCAUGUUUCUUUAGAGCACUGUUGGAAUGUCAACAAAAGAAUAUAAAUUUUUAAGUUUCUUUUUUUAAUUGUAUCAUUGUAACUUGCACCAUUUAAAUUUCAUUCUUAUUGAGAAGUGCUGUCAAAACUUAUUGUGCACUUUGUCAUAUAAAGUGUGUUGAUGGAAACAUUACAAAAUAUAUUGUGAUUUAUUUCGGUGGUUAUUUUUUAUUCAUUUCAAAAUUUUUGUCAAAGUGCCUUGCUUCUCUUGGACAAAAUUUUAGUUCAAAAACUGUUUAUUUUUUAUGUAAAUUUAAGUUUAAUGAAUAAAUUUUUGAAAUAGAUUUAACUGAUCUCGUGGAGAUCAGACCUUGUGUUAAUAAAGGAGUAACCAAAAUGUAAACUGUGUUUAGAUAAAUAGUUCUAAUAAUCACACUGAGAAACUAACAUUUAAUAAAUACAUAAAUAGUUAUAAAAAUCAAUUUUUAAAGAAAUAAGAUAAAGUUUAAUAGCUUUAUAAACAACAAAUUUAAAAUCUGUUAUAGUGACAUUUAAUUUAAUUUUACUCAUCAGGCUGUGUUAUAUUUCAGUGCAAAGAACUGCAUGCUUAUUAGCAUACAAAUGCUUUUGAUAAUUAUACUGUAACAAAGAAAUGAAGGAAAAGCUAGGAGUUGGAAAUGAAACAUUCAGUUAAAAAUAUUAAUACAAAAUACAAGUAUUGGGAAGUAAGAUUUAUCAUCAGUGUUAUUUCAUAAGAUUUCACGAUGUGGGUGUUCUGAUUUGGGAUAUAACUUAGCUUGGCAUGGAUGUAGGUAAGAAACAAAUAAUACAGUCUGUCAAAAUAGAUUAUCCUCAUGUUGGGAUGAAAAUUUUACUGGGGGUUUUAUUGUAUAAGUACAUUUGACUAUAUAUAUAAUUGAGUAAUGGAAAUCAUGUCACUUUAUCUUAGGUUGAGCUGUGUCUAUGUCAUAGCUAUUUGCGGCAGUAGUUAUAAUAGUAACCCGAUAAUUCUUUAAAUUAACAAGUAAAAAAAAUGUCAUCAGUAAUUCGUGUUAUUUCAAUAAAAGAAAAUUUGUAUUGGACAUUUGCUAAUUUUAGAGAUGUACAAAUCAAACAAGGAAAUGAACUGGAUGUAGUUGUAUACAUCACUUUUUUUUGUUAGGAUACAGUAUUAAAUUUUACUGUAGCAGUAGAGUGUUGAUAAUUUGACACAGAAGUAGUGUCAUGGGAGUACUGACUGUUGCAAUUUUACACAUGGUGUAUAAUACAAGAGACAACAUUGUCAGAACCUUUUAUUUGCUCUGACAUCUGAUAAUAGUUUUUUUUAUAUGCAUAUUUUUUGUACAAUUUCUCUUUCAAACAGCCUACUUCCUCUGUUACCAGUAUCAUAAGAAUGGUACAUUCAGUAAUUGUUCUCACACCUCUAAUAGAACCGACUCACUGAAUAGAUAAUGAGGCAUGAUUUAACUGGCAGGAAUUUUUACACUUAGCUCAGCUACAUUGUAUAUUAUAACUUGUAUUUUCUCUUUUAUAACAGUUUUAAUGAAGAAAAGUUAUGGAAUUCAAGCAUUUUAUUUUCCUGUGAUUUCUAAUGCAAAAUAUAAAUUGUUCUACCUUAAGAAAAAUAUUUUGCACCCUUUCCUCGAAUAAACCAGAAGAUUCUGUCAUGAUGCUAUAAAACCUAGAGAUUAAAGGAAACAAGAAGAAACAUUUCUCAUUACUGAGUAAUUUUAAAUUUCUUGUCAUGCUCAUGUCAUUUAGAUAAACUGGAACUUCCAUGAUGGAAAUAGUCUUUAUUCUCAGUGUGUUUAUUUCUAGACAUAAACCAUUACAAUGUUGGUUUGGUCAUUUGACAUGUAGCAAUUAUUUUAAUGGCUCUGUUAGAAAUAGCAUUCUGCUUGAGACAAACCAAAAAUAGGUUUUUACUGAAAACAUCUUUGCAAGAUCAAAUUUCUGAAGUACUGUAUACAUAAUGAAUCCUCUGUGAAAAUAGUGUUUACACAGAGAGCUUCUUCUUUAACCAAUUUAUUCAGGGAGGUGUCUUUGUGCUUCUGAACAUCUUUCUUUGUAUCUUGGUGCAAAAUUGGCCAUACAGUUUGUCUGAUAUUAUAUUUAUCUUUUCAAGUUGGCAUUUAUAACAACGGUGCUCUUGGGGAAUUUUUCUGUCAUAACAAAGUAUAUUGAUAUAUUUUACCAAAGUAUUACAAUUUAAAUUCUAUUUCUUGCACUUUAUGAUGAACCAAAUUGUUCCCUUUUAUUCUUAUACACGAUUUUUUUAAGCAUUUGUCAAGUCAAACCCAUGUUAAUAAAAGUUCCUUUUGUAUUGUAUAUUUACAUGCAAAAAACAUUCCUGUCAUCUUGGAACUUUCUCUUCAGCAUAUUUAUACAUUUUCUGUUCAUUUCUCAAAUAAAGAUAUUAGUUAACAAGGAUAGAAUGUACUGAAUAUCGUGUUCUGCUCUCCUCUAGUUCUUAAAAAUUGUGAACUCUUCUUGUGUUGCUGCUAUACACUGUUAUUAAAUUUAUUGAUGUAGAGUUAGUGAUUUGUCUUAGUCAUUGAUAUUUGCAAAAUCUUGUGAGAGAGGUACUAUGCUAAUAAAAUAUUUCUUAUUCUAUGGUGAUGUUGGUUACACAGGCUGUUUGUUCUGGUCACCAACCAAAUAAAACGUUUCCAAAAAAUUCAUGAAAGCUUUUAAUAAUUAGCAUAGUAUUUGUUUCUUAAUUAUCAGAGUUUUCUUACUUUGCUAUGAAAAUUUUCUAAUUUUGUUUGGGAGGAGUGGGGGGGGAAUGGGUACUUGUAUAUUGAUAAGAUGUCCUGGUUAAAUUAUUGUGAUGUGGAAUCAGAAAAUUGUUUCUUUUGCUUACUUUAUAUCUAAAUCUUUUUCUAGCUCUGGCUUAAGAGUUCAUGUUCUGUGUAUACUGUAGGUGGUGUUUUUCUGUGAAUAUGACAGCUUCAAAUACAGUAAAUUCUGUAUACGUCACUAUCUUUCUAUAGAAAAAUCUAUUUGGACAUUUUAGCCACCACCAUUGUUAGAAAUAAUAAAUUACUUCUAGUUUAGUCAUGUCACAUUGCAUGCAUUAGUCUCCCUUUCUAGAAAUGUGCUGCUAGAAUUAAUCUAUUGGAAGAUAGUCACAAACCAUUUCAUUUGUUUUCAUGUAAUUGUUUUUUUGCCAGUAUUCUCACAUAAUGGCAUAUUUUUUAGCAAAAUUCUUGCUGUUAAUUGUCAUUCUUGAAUAAAUAAUUAGUCAACUAAA